GACUCCCUGCUGUGAGCGCCUGUUUCUAACGUCAGCUUCCGUUCACCACCGCGGUCAAUAAGCGCGUUACCCUCAAUAACAUAUCCGGACCCGAGCUGAGGAUCUAUCGGUUGAAAACGUAGCAAGUUAGCUUUCGGACACAAGAUAGUGAACGAAGGAACAUUGGUGUCAGCUGUCGGGAAUCUGAGGUCUGAGUCGGGGAUCUGAGGCUUGAGGCCCGGGGGAGGUUUGGGGAUCUAAGGCUCGAAGCCCGGGGAAUUCUGAGGCUCGAGGCACGGGGGAGGUUCGGUCUGAGGUUCGAGGUCCGGGGGGUCAGAGGGUUGCGGGGCUGUCGGCAGCGGCUGGAAAGUUUGUUGUUGUCACGUGACGUCAGACGAAUGUGGCCGUAAAGUUUUAUUUUAGCAUCCAAAGCCGGCGGCGAACAACCGGGUUCACCCCCACCAACAACCCCUCCCAACACCAUGCCUCAGCCAAAGUACCGGAAGAUCGCGGUGAUCGGUUACCGAUCUGUAGGCAAAUCCUCUCUCACCAUCCAGUUUGUGGAAGGACAGUUCGUGGACUCCUAUGACCCCACUAUCGAAAACACCUUCAACAAAAUGGUUUCUGUCAAUUGCCAAGACUUCAAUCUUCAGUUGGUGGAUACGGCCGGACAGGACGAGUACUCAAUCUUCCCCCAGUCCCACUCCAUGGACAUCCAUGGCUAUGUUCUGGUCUAUGCAGUGACCUCCAUGAAGAGUUUUGAAGUUGUGCAGGCUCUACAUGACAAGUUACUAGAUAUGGUUGGAAAGAUACAGGUUCCUACCGUUCUCGUAGGAAACAAAAAAGAUCUGCACAUGGAAAGAGUCAUCAAGCCAGAGGAAGGGAAGAAACUGGCCGACUCAUGGGGGGCUGCUUUCAUGGAGUCCUCCGCCAAGGAGAACGAGACCGCCGUGGAGGUGUUCAAGCGGAUCAUCCUGGAGAUGGAGAAGGCGGACGGGAACAUGCCGUCGGAGGAGAAGAAGUGUGCUGUGAUGUAAAGGCGUCUCCCAGUGACCGUGGAGACGACUCGUAUGCUGAAGACAGGCGGUACCCCUCACCAGCCCUCCCACU